GAGACAGAAAGACAGACGGAUCCGGAGAGGACCCGUGAGACGAGGCAGGUACCAAAGGAUCAUUCUCAGCAUGGACGUAUCAGCGUGACCAGCUGCAGACACUGUCGCUUCGUCCACCAGAUCCACCACCGAGCAUGUCUACUCCAGAAGAAGCCGGCCAGCGGGAGGAAGGGGAGUACGGAAGGGCGGCUAAACGGCUCAAAACAGAGGAGACGGAGGCGGAUGAGAGAGAGGAGGGGGAAGAGGAGCUGGAGGAAGGAGAGGAUUCGGACUCCGGAUCGCUACCCGGUAACGGAGAGUCGGAGACAGAUAAUCGGGCCCGGUGGAGCGCGAGCCAAUUCGGAGCAGGACUGAGGGAUAAUGGCGAGGACUCCCAUCGUAUCUCUCCCAGUCCCGUGGUGCACGUUCGGGGUCUGUGUGAGGCCGUGGUGGAAGCAGACCUGAUAGAUGCCCUGGAAAAGUUUGGACCCAUAUGUUAUGUGAUGAUGAUGCCAUUCAAGCGUCAGGCCUUGGUGGAAUUCUCUGCAGUGGAGAGUGCAGACCGCUGUGUGUCCUGUGGAGCCAAGGAGCCAGUAUACAUCGCAGGUCAACAAGCAUACUUUAAUUAUUCCACAUCCAAAAGAAUCACCAGGCCAACAAAUGCUGACAACCCCAACAGUGGUAACAAAGUCCUCCUGCUGUCCAUACAGAACCCACUCUACCCAAUAACAACGGAUGUUCUGUACACUGUAUGUAACCCGAUUGGCAGUGUGCUAAGGAUCGUCAUCUUUAAACGAAAUGGAAUCCAAGCCAUGGUGGAAUUUGAGUCAGUUCAGUGUGCUCAGAAGGCGAAAGCAGCUCUGAACGGAGCUGACAUCUAUGCAGGUUGCUGUACACUAAAGAUUGAAUAUGCAAGGCCAACACGUCUGAAUGUUAUUAAGAAUGACAACGAGAGCUGGGACUACACAAAACCAUACCUGGUCAGACGAGACCGUGGAAAGGGAAGACAGAGACAGGCCAUUUUAGGUGAACACCCAUCGUCCUACGGUGAUAAUGGUUAUGGUCCACCAUGUCCCCUGCUGCCACUGCCUGGCAACAGCAGGUACAAGCUCACCUCAUUGGACGUUCCAGACAUGGUGUCUUAUCCACUACCACAGUCAUCCUCUUCAUACUCUGGCCAUGCCCCCAGUUCUGUUGCCAUGGUAAGUGGCCUCCAUCCAUCCAAGAUGAACUGCACCCGCAUCUUCAACCUCUUCUGCCUCUACGGCAACAUUGAAAAGGUUAAGUUUAUGAAGAGUGUUCCUGGCACAGCGUUGGUUGAGAUGGGAGAUGAGUAUGCUGUGGACAGGGCCAUCACACACCUCAACAGCAUUAAGGUGUUUGGUAAAAGACUGAAUGUCUGUGUGUCGAAGCAGCACGCAGUAAUCCCCAGCCAGGUUUUUGAGUUAGAGGAUGGCAGCAGCAGCUAUAAGGACUUUGCUAUGACCAGAAACAAUCGCUUUAGCAGUGCUGGACAAGCCUCCAAAAACAUCAUUCAGCCUCCAUCUGCAGUGUUACACUACUAUAAUGUUCCUCCGUGCAUAUCACAGGAUCAUUUACUGAGGCUGUGCACGGAGCAUGAUCUGCCUGGCUUUGUCAAAUUUAAGAUGUUUGAUGCCAAACCCUCUUCUAAGACCAUCUCCGGCUUGUUGGAGUUUGACAGUAAGACAGAGGCUGUGGAGGUUCUUACUGUUCUCAACCACUACCAGAUUAGGAUUCCCAAUGGGUCCAACCCAUACACACUCAAACUGUGUUUUUCCACCUCAUCACAUCUAUAAAGAGCUACCGAGCUUACAGAGAGCUGCUGGACCUGCUGAUAGCUGACCUCUGACCCAAGUGAGGGAGCAUGAAAGGCAGACGCGAAGAGGAGUGCAGCAGAGAGAAACACAGAUGAGAAUAAUAAAGGAUGGAAAUGGACGGGUAUUUAUAGAGUGCUUUUCUAGUUUUACUGACCAAUCAAAGCACUUUGAGUUUGAUGGCCAUCAAAGAAGAACGUGGUAAUGGACACUCUGAGGAAUCCACUCUACAUUUAGACAUCUGUAAAGGCAACUGAAGUCACAUUUUAUGUUUAAAACAUAAAAAAAAAAAAAAUGGAAACAAUUUUAACUUGCUAUCAUUUAAGGUUUCUUAGUGUUACGUGUCCUGCCCUGUGGCAGCCAAGUUUACACUGCAGUGCUUGGUCAGCAUGAGAUGCGUAGCUAAUUUAUGAGUUUACUAUCAAAAUAAUAACACAUGACAUCUGGAGGAAUCAUGUUAGGAAUCUCAUUAAGGUUCCCAUGACUAUUUACGUUUAUCAGAAACAAAACUUUAUUGUUCAUUUAAAAAAUCAGAACCACGUCUGGUUUAUUUUAGCCUGACUUAAAGAAAUGAAUCCAAUAUGUAGACUAAGUUGUAGAGAAGAAACACUCUCUGUCAUGAUAUUUGCUAAGAAACUUCAGAGGAUGAUGCACAUUUUACAUACACCCCAAGGGUCCCAAAGCAACCCACGUCAGAAACCUGUCUAAUGACAUAUUAAUAAGCAGACAGACACUUGGAAUGAGUUUCCAUGUCCUUCUGGGCAUGUUAAAAAAUACUUUGUUGACAUUGAUCGAAUGAAAACAUUUUUCUUACAUUUUAAAGUGGAUCAAAGUUAUUUUCCCCACUUAAUGUGAGCUUAAAAUGAGUCUACUGAUGUUUUCCCCAGAAUUCUGUGCAUAUAUCUGUAGAUCUUUUAAUAUAUCAGUAUUUGAAUUACUGUACACAGAAAAAUUGUAGUGGGUUUUAUUAGAGUCAGCUGCAACCUCUUGUGUUUUCUGUAUAAAUAGAAAUCUAUUGCGUGCUGUGUCCAUUUGAGGUCAUUUUAGAAUCAAAAUGUAUGUUAUUGUCACAGAGUUGCUGGAUCUCCUUUAUUGUAACAGUGACAUAGAUGUGAACUGAAAACAAAUCCACAAUCCAGAGAUCAGAAUAUGAUUCUUGUUUAUCUGAUUCAGGACUUUUUUGAUCUGUAGCAAGCUGAAAACAACAUUAGCCAUGAGUCUGAGAGGAGACUUCUAUCUGCAUGUAACUGCACUCACUGCUUCUUAGAUGAUUAAACUGGGGAUAGUGGACACAUUGCAUCAACUUGUCAGUAUUUGCGUACGAUCUUUAAAGAAUGUCCCUGCUGUUACUUAUCACCUUAAGAUGACAUGUUUUCAGUUGUAACAGGAUGUGAACUACCUGUGUUGAUAUAUAUGGAAAUGGCAAUUUUAUUUAUACAGCACAUGUGCUAAAACCCGUGUACGUUUACAAUGCCUUAAGGCAAUGAGAACCACUGGUUGUAGACUGGUUGUAAAGAGCGGGACAUCAAAAAUAGAAAAUAGCAUACUGAGAUCUAAUAUUGUGAUCGAACAGUUAAAAGAUGUGAACCUGAAGACCUGAGCUUUAACAUGAAAUGGGCUGUAGCUCAUUCCAGUAUAAAAUGCAUCGAUUUUGAAAAAAAGAUAACAAAAGUACCAUUUGUCAAAGCAGAAAAUCCAGGUGGGUGAAAAGAAAAACGUAAAUGUUGGAAUCCGACACUUUUACAACAGGAGAGGGAUCACAUCUAACUUGGGAUGAAACAUUUCCUGAUGGUUGUGGUCUUUUCCAGGAUCACAGCAGCUCCAUCCGUGGACAUAAGGGCUUACUGUGUGAGUCAUGUGACAUUUCACCCACAGUCACAUGAUCUCAACCCAUCUUUAACACCUGUGGGGGAUUUUGGACCUUUGAGUUAGACAUUGCUCUCCUGCAUUAUGCUACUAACAAUGAUGAAAUAAGAUUUGAGGAAUGCUCUUCAUCACUUAUGCUGGAUUUUAGCGAUCUGGAGAAUAAAUAUCAGGGAGAGUUUGAAUCUCUGGCAUUAAGUGUCCCAAACUCAAUCUCUUAAUUGCAUCUGCAUCAUACAAAUAUGUAACCUGUUUGCACUGCACAACAGUUACUGAGGACAGAAUUCAAGGAAUAACUCGUAUUGAAAAGCAUUUUAAUUUGUGCAAUAUUCCAUCUGUUAAUCUCAAAUCUAAGGUAAAAAAUUUAAAACUGUUUUGGAUAAUAUACAAAUGAUAAAGAGCCAAGUGUCUCUGUUUAAUCCUAUACAGACUCACUGAUUCUAGAACUUAUUGUAAGUAAUAUUUAAACAUAAGCAAUAAUAACAGACGAGUUAUUGCUUAUGUACUUGCUGUGUAACAGUUGUAAAUGGGCACUGAGAGGUUUGUAUGUAAUGUGCUGUUUCUAAAGUGGUUUUAUUUAUGUUUUUUGGUUAUUUGGGGGGUGUUUUGGACAAAUGAGGGCCUUUAUUAUGAAGCUAUUUGAGUUCUUCACCCUCUGAGCACUGAAAUAACAGAAAUGUUAUAUUUUUGUUACUAAACAUAGUUACAUGGGUUACUUGUGUUCAAAGUGUUAAAUUCAGAUGAUUGAAUUCGCUGUUACAUACUAACUUUUAUCUUUUAGAUCUAAAUUUGUUCAUUUGUAAAAUGUAAACAGUGGCAAAGGCCUGAGUGUUAAUCACAUAACUGAUGGUUUGAGACAACGAAGCAGGUAUAAGUUAUGUAUGAUUUUAAGGCAGUAAGUGUUUAAUAUUGUUAAUAGUUUGUUGUCAUUAAAAAAAUCAUAAAACAA